AUGGGAGACUCCAAGGACACCCAUGGUUUCGACAACCCCAGGCCCAUCAAGCAGCGUCAGCUGAAGCUGGAGGACCUCGAAAACUACCCCAUCUGGAGCUUCCUCUUCCAGGACGAGGAGCUGGCAAUCGCCGUCAUCAGGCGCGGCGAGCGCCUGUACCUGCACAACCUCUUCCUGGCCGACCACGGUAUCGAGGCCGCAGGGCAAUGCUACGUCCGGCGCCGGCUCGUGUGCCAGGGCGACGCGGACUCUGACGCUCCCGGCCUCUCCUUCGCCGUGCCCGCCGACGCCUCCUCGCUAGACUACGUCUUCAGCCAGGCGCACAACAUCUACCUCUCGGCCAUGACGCUCGCGUCGCGCGUGGCGUGGUGCCAGCUCCUCCGCGAGGUCCAGCUGCCCCGCUCCUGCACCAUCAACACGUACCACCAGUGCAUCAUGCCGGAUGUCAUCAACACGCCCGCCGUCGACACGCACCGCGUCCACUUCCUGAAUCCCUGCGUGUGCGAGUUUGCCCCCAUCAUCGGCAGCGGGUGCCGCCGCCUCGUCCUUAGCAUGCUCAUUGGGCACCGCGACGAGAUCGUUCAGUUCGAGCCCGCCACGGCGCAGAUGUACAAGACCGGUCUCUGGGCGCAGUCAUUCAUUCGGGACGAGUUCGAGGAGAUCGUGUUCGAGCACUUUGAGCCGAGCCAGUUCUUCUAUCUCUGUGGCUACUACGGCGCCCAGAUGCUCAGCGCCACCGAGGCUCGCCGCGGCACGCAGAAGUUCACACUCAUCGAGUAG